AUGCGAGACUAUGAAAAAAACGAAAAGUAUAACGGGGUUAUUUACUACCUCGCUGGAUGCAUCGGAGCAUUAUCAAUAUUUCCGAAGGACAUUGCUUCAUUAUCAAUCAUCAUAUUGUCUUGGUGUGAUACAGCGGCAUCUUAUAUUGGGCGAAUAUGGGGACAUCACACGUAUAAAUUUAAGAAUGGUAAAUCAUUGGCUGGCACGUUAGGUGCUAUUACGUUUGGAUCGUUAGCUGGUCUGUUAUUCUGGGGAAAUGGAUUAUUCUUUCGACGACGUGUCGACGGAGGCCAUCAACUCGAACCGUUCUUUAUAACUCCAAGUUGGAAAUCGGAGAAGAUAUCAUUACCUGUAUUAGUGAUUAUAACUGGC